AUGCCUGUCACAGUGCAUCCGUCCAACCAUGCCGCCGAGUCCUGGGGCCGGGCUCAAUCUCAGAAGUUCACAGAGGUGACUUCUCCGGAGCAACUACUGCGCAGCACGCUCAGCAGCGAUAGACAUGCUGGCCCGGACAAGCACGCUUCCGCGCCGCCACCGCGCCCGCGCAGGCUGCUCCAAAACUCGUUCGCAGGCUCGCUGCCGAGUCCCGACCGUCCCGUGCAGGGCGACGGCACCUCGCCCGCCCUGUUCGCAACGAAGAACGGCCUCGUGCACGCCUGCAUCGAGGCUUACAACAACCACCACAACCUCGUCAUCCGGCCGGAGGACGUCUGGUUCGCCAUCCUGUCCCAGCUCGGCGCCCAUCUCCAGGCCGACACCGAGGUCUGCGCCAGCCUCUUCAACGACGUCGAUGCCGCCGCCGCCGCCGACGACGACGGCGACGACGACGACGCCACGGCAUCAAAGCAGGCGCCCGCCGCAGCAGCAAAGCGGCUGCUGCACAUCGACGUGUCCCUAGGCGAGGGCCUCGACCACGGCGCCAUGGCCGUGCAGAUGUCCAAGCUGCUGGCCUCGCACCUCCGGGACCCGUCACUGCGCGACUGGUUCCUGCCGGCCUUCAGCACGACCUCGCGCGCCGACCAGGCCGUCGCCGCGGCGCUGCUCAUGGGCGCCGCCCGGCGCUUCUUCACCUACUCGUGGGGCACGCGCUGCGGGAUCCCCGCGGCGACGCUGCUCGGCGAGGCCGACGACUGGGCCCUGAUCCGCGCGCGGUGCGCCGAGCGCCUCGGCGGCGGGCACCUCGGCGUCGCGGCCGCGGCCUGGCACCGCGCCGCGCUGGCGCCCGCGCUCGACGGCCUCCUCGAGAGCUUCCGGGACCCGGCCGGGGAGCGCGCCCGGCGCUUCUGGCAGGGCGUCUGCUGCGAGCACCGGCCCAACGGGAGCGGCGUCACCGAGUACUCCGGGUGGAUCACGGCCUUUUGCUACUGGGACGAGGACGGCCGGUGUCUGCACCGAGGAGGAGAAGAAGAGGGCGGCGGCGGCGGCGGCGGCAGGAGCAGCAGCGCCCCCCGGAUAUCGCGGGGGAGCGUGCCGAUGGGCUUCUCCAUCGUCCCUGUGGUGCUGAUGGACGAGGGGAACCCCAUACAGACCGAGAUGAUAGCUGGCUCGGUCGGGUUCCAGCUCAGGCGAUCGGGAGAGGAGACCAAGACAGGGAGCGGGAGCGGAGAUGGUCCCGAGAGGCAGAGAUCGUCAAGGGCGGUGCAAGACCGUUGGCAUGGAUAUGAUACCCUACAGCCUCAGAGUGGCUGGUUUAUGUACAUGGUUUAG